AUGGAGACGACAAUAAUGAUGCGAAAAUCGUUUCCAGCAGUGAUACCUCAAAUUUAUCAGACAUCCUUACGCCGGAGGCGACCACCCCUAUCCCUGUUUGUCGCAAAGCCCUCCCUCGCUCGCCUCAGUAGCGCAUCGCAUACUUCGUAUCUCGAGACAGGACACAUUGAGUUGAAGGAAAAUGAAGGACUAUUGUUUAUCAAUAACAUUUUCCCCCCGAAACUGCAAUGGGUCUUGGAAGGGCCUCUCCGCGCAAGUCGAUCGUACGAAGAGGCAUUGAAACGAAUCGACAGACCGCACCUCGCAGCGUCCGAUCCCCUGCGCAUAAUUCGCCGUGUCUUCCCCCAAGAUCUAGAAGUUGAGAUCAAAGAGGUCGUUCCGCGCUUCAGGGAAGGUGGUGCAUUUGUGAAAUACACUCGCAGUGAGGGAGUUAAAGACACUGAUAUCGAGACGGCUGUCAAGGAUCACCUCGAGAAACACCCUAUCCGACCCUGGUUCAAUCCUUUCCAGCAGGUCAAGGUUGCCCGUGUCCUUGGAAGACCAUGGGUGGAGGAUUUAUAUCGCAUACCGAGCCCUCGACUGAGAGUUGAGUUUCUGCCGGGCAGCGCCAAUGAUUUGGCAAACGAUCUAACUACGGAAUCUUUGUACUCACUAUUCCGCAGCUAUGGGAAGUUGAGAGAUAUUGAAAGACAACCGUCAGAUUCCAAGAUCCUGCCAAGGUACGCCUACGUAGAAUUUACUCGUCCCAAGUUUGCGGUUACGGCCAAAAACUGUAUGCACGGAUUCACAGUCCCAGAGCAAGAAGGUUGCGGAAAGUCUGGCACAAGGUUAAAGAUUAACUAUGAACGGAAGAUCAAAUUGUCAAUGAUCAAGGACUGGAUCUUGAGCCAUCCAAGGAUAGUAAUCCCUGCCGUCGCUGCACUCAUCGCGGCCAUCACUGUGACUGUUUUCGACCCUAUUCGCACCUUCUUCAUAAAGAUGAAGAUAAAAGCAACACUCCAGGUCGAAGAGAACAGUGUUAUAGGAUGGAUUCGCAAGCAGGCUAGUAAGGCCAACAUCAUCGGCUUUGGUGUUGUGGCGUCUGAUCCUCGUGGGCUCAGCGCGAUUUGGGAGGAUCGCCAAGGAGAUAUUGCUCAGCUGCAAUCUUGGCUUACGGAGAAUAUGGAGACCUUUAUCAUUAUACACGGCCCUCGGGGUUCCGGGAAACGGGAACUUGUAUUGGACCAAGCUCUUGAGAACUACAAAUACAAAGUGGUCAUUGAUUGCAAGCAGAUACAGGAUGCCAGGGGCGAUACUGCAAAAAUUGCACGAGCAGCUAGUCAAGUAGGCUAUCGGCCUGUGUUUUCCUGGAUGAAUAGCAUUAGCAGCUUCAUCGAUCUAGCUGCACAGGGCAUGAUUGGUACCAAAGCGGGGUUCUCCGAAACAUUGGAUGCACAACUCAGCAAUAUCUGGCAGAACGCUGCCACUGCUCUGAAGGGAGUCACUUUAGACAGCAGGAAAAAGAACGAUAAGGAUGCACAUCUCACAGACGAAGAGUAUCUGGAAGCUCAUCCCGAGCUCCGGCCAGUGGUGGUUAUUGAUAAUUUCCUGCACAAUGCUUCCGAGGAUAAUGUCAUAUAUGACAAGAUCACCGAAUGGGCCGCUGGAUUAACAAGUGCCAACAUUGCACACGUUAUUUUCCUAACUACCGAUGUUUCCUUCGCUAAACCUCUGAGCAAGGCUCUGCCGAAUUCGGUUUUUCGAACAAUCUCCUUGGGUGAUUGCUCCCUUGAAGUCGGCAGGAGGUUUGUACUCAACCAUUUGGCCGAUGAAGCAAGGAUGGGGGAUAAGCCACCCAGAAGCGAAGAUUGUUUAGAAGAUCUAGACAGUUGUAUUGAAAUAUUGGGAGGCCGGGUGACUGAUCUCGAAUUUAUGGCACAUCGUAUAGAAGCGGGAGAAACCCCCAAUGGCGCGGUCAAUCGCAUUAUAGAGCAAUCGACAUCUGAAAUACUCAAGAUGUUUGUCUUGAGUACGAAUACUGAGGCCCAGUGGAGCCACGAGCAGGUCUGGCAUUUGAUCAAGAUGCUGGCGAAUAGCAAAGAAGGUAGUCUGCCAUACAACCAAGUCCUUCUCUCAGACCUUUUCAAGGAAAACGGUGAGGCUGCUCUUCGAGCUCUUGAGCAGGCAGAACUCAUUUCCGUUGUCUCUAUCAACGGCUGCCCUGAGACGGUCAAGCCUGGCAAACCAGUUUAUCGAGCUGUUUUCAAAAAGUUGACCGAGAAUAAGACACUCAGUAGUCGGCUGGACCUCGAGAUUCUGUCACUGCUGAUUAGUAAGGAGAAUAAAAGCAUUGGGAAAUAUGAAGAGGAGCUGCGUUUGCUUGGAUCACUGCCAAAGCAGCCCCGAGAGCUAACCUCGCGAAUUCAGUGGCUCUUACAAAAAGUAUAUAACUCGCAGAGCAAGAUUAGCAGGUACGAGACUGAGAGUGCGUUCCUCCAGAUGAUCCUCCGUAGUGGACAUUGA